CGCUACAGGCAUUAUUAGGUCGUUGAUCCGCCCUCCCCGCGAUGAUGUCAGCCGCUCUCGAGUGACUGUGAGCGCAUAUAUAGUAGCUGGUUGGUUGGAUGCCCGUUGCUGAGCCACGCCGAGGAAAUACGCCAAGACGCGCAAAGCCACCGCGCCGUGCGGAGAGAGAUGGAAUUCCUCAAACUCAACGACAGCGACUGGCUGAGCCGCUACUACGCCAGGAAGUCGGUGCUGCAGCCGGCAUGGGACCACCUGCGCCUCAACUACACCGACCAGCUGCGCUCUCCCGCAUUCCCGGUCGUCUUCAACGUCGCCUUCUACGUCUUCUGCUGCCUCUGCUACAUGCCCUGUAACCUGCUGGGCAAGCGCUGGGCUUUCGUCCACCGCUACAAGAUCCAGCAGAACACUCAGCCCACGAGCACGAACUUCGCCAAGUGCUUUUGGCUCACCAUGUACAACCACUGCAUCUUGAUCUUCCCGGCCGGAGUGGCCCAGUGGUACUGGAGGCCACCGAUACCCCUGCCCGAAGAGGCGCCGAACCUCGGCGACUUAAUUAUGGGCGUUGUGGGGUGCCUGCUCCUCUUCGACUUCCAGUACUUCGUGUGGCACAUGGUGCACCACAAGUUCCGGUGGCUCUACAAGACCUUCCACGCCGUGCACCACGAGUUCAUGUCGCCCUUCUCGUGGUCCACGCAGUACCUGGGCUGCUGGGAGCUCUUCGUGGUGGGCGCCUGGACCACGAUCGACCCCGUGCUGCUCCAAUGCCACCUGCUCACCACGUGGGCCUUCAUGGCGUUCCACGUGUACACCUCGGUGGAGCAGCACUGCGGCUACGACUUCCCCUGGUCGACGCGCCACUGGUUGCCCCUCGGACUCUUCGGCGGCUCGCUCCACCACGACAUGCACCACCAGAAGCCCAUGUCCAACUUCGCGCCGCACUUCAGCCACAUGGACAAGAUUUUCGGGACCUUCUCCGAGUGCGUGCGCAUCCCGGAGGGCGAGAAGCCCAUCCAGGAGACGCACGCCACGGUGCAUUCGUACGACAAGUCCGAGUUCAACUUGAUGCACGUGUUUGGGAAAACCAACGAGGAGAAAAAACUGGCUUGAACCUUUUUGGCUCCGACAUCGGCAGCAGCACACCCCCCCCACCCCCUCUCUCCAUGAGCACGGUUGGCUAAGUACGGUGCGAAAGAAGGUCAGCAUACAUACAUAGAGGUAGCAGCACGUGAUUUGCGGCUAUAGAUUCAGGGUGAGAAGGAAAAUUAAUUCGGCCUGAGGUCUUCUCAGAUUCGGGCGAUGACUCGUCACACGCGUGCACUAAUUGGUGAAUGGAACACCGAAGGCAACGUGUGCGAUGGUGACGAUGGUGAUGAUGGUGAUGCACCAGUGCUGGGCUCCCACCAGAUCGGUUCUGUUGAGAAACUGUGUGGGCCGCGUGCGUCAGUUUUGGCGGAGAAAGCACCGACAACGACGACGAAGAUGAUGAAGAUGAUGACGACGACGAUGAUGCUAUGGCCGGCGCCUUUCAAUUUCUCAACGAAUCUACCUGAUUACGCGUUAGCAACCGCGGGACCGAACAACCCAGAGCUAGAAUUCAUUGCCUCCUCAUCCUGGAGCUACGAUCCGUGCCAUUGUUGCUCAAAUGCUCGCAAGAAGUGACCCUUGCUCGGGUUGCUAAGAGGCAGCCUCUUCCUGAAAUGCACAGUUAUAUGACGUCUCGAAAACGCAUUUCUCAGAUUGCGUAUGGGGUUUUAAGUGGGUUGUUUUAUUCGUGAAAGUGUAAAGUAGCAAGCAGCGCUGCUGAGUAAUGUGAAUGUUUAAAUAUUCGAUUAAAAUCCGAGUGGACAGAUCUGAUGCAGCACUGCAUAGCGGCAGUGAAAAUAUGAUGUAGCAAUCUCUACUGAUGCGAUCUUGUGAAAAUGUGUUCCUUCAGUAAAUACCAAUUUUUUUAAGUAUAUGUGAAACGUGUACACAAACGACAUUGUUUUUACACCAUCAGUACUGUCACAACACUACAGGUAAAAUGUUAACGCGUAGGCUUUAGCGAUCAUUAUUAUGAUUCAUAUAUUUUUUUAGUUCAGGUCGCGUGAGUAAAAUGUGUGUCGUACACCCUCCUCCACCCGAUAUAACCAAUUAAUAAAGUUGUCACGUGAACAAA